GGAUGGGGUAGGGGGCAGAAGGUCAGUGUGUGUGGGUCAUUCUCCUUUGACCUCUCCCCGUGAAGGUGUCGGUUUUUCUUCCCUGAGCAGCGCGCGGGCUUCUCUCGGGGUCUACGGGGUGGGGGGCUCUUUUCCCAAUUCCUUCACGGAGGAAUACCGGGACGUCUGCGGUUUGCUGCGACCCUCCAGCUUCUGAGGUUCCCAUCGCCUUCACGUGUUCGCGCGCAUUGGCUGCAGCGCGCUCUUUCGUAAAAGUGGGAGGAGCUAGAGCGGAUAAAAGGAGGCGACGCGGCUGUCAGCUGUGCCUCCGCGCGCGUCUGGAGUGGACUGUCGUCGGGUCGGAACCCGCUCUCUGCUGGCGCUGCCUGCGCGGGCUCGUGUGGGCACGCACGCACGCACGCAAACACGCACGCACGCGGCUGUCAGAGGCGCAUCGUCUGAUUCAGACGUUUGUUUGCAGGCGCGCGUCUCGGCGCACCGACGCUCCGCGCGCGUCUGGAUGUCUUAACGUGCUGGAGAACCGCUCAGACUUGUUGCGCGUCCCCGGAGCGCACAGUCCACUUCCUGUCCCCGAAGCAGCAGACUCGGGUCCGGAGGUCGGAGACCCGCAGCCACAUCGGAUCCAAAGUCUGCCUCUCAUCGGUGACACCGACGGCUCGAUUCUUCCCGCUUCGGACCUAAUGGCGGCUGAACUUUAUCCGGGUCAGACCCGACCUCUUCAGUAACAUCUCCCCCCGCCCGUUCCAAAGCCGCCGUUCCAGUUCAUCCCGACAUGUGUGAGCGCGAGGAGAGCGCGGGCGACGCGGCGCCGGACUCCGUCCCGCCGAGAGCGUCCCGCGGCCGCAGGAGCGGCGUGAUCGGACCGGACCCCGACGCCGUCCUGCUGGAGGCGGUGAAGGCGGCCCCCCGCCGGAGCAGCAUCAUCAAGGAUCCCUCAGCGCAGAAGGUGGGCGGAGGCAGGAAGAAGACGGUGUCCUUCAGCAGCAUGCCCUCAGAGAAAAAGGUGAGCAGCGCAGCCGACUGCUUGGCCUUCAUGCAGGGGGGAUGUGAGCUGAAGAAGAUCCGGCCCAGCUCCAGGGUCUACUGCAGGUUCUACAUGCUGGAUCCAGACCUGAGCUGCCUGCGCUGGGAGCCGUCCAAGAAGGAUGGGGACCGGGCCCGGCUGGAUGUGUCCAGCAUGCGAGAGGUGCGCACUGGGAAGAGCACGGAGACCUUCCUCCACAACGGCCCCUUGUUCGAACACCUUCCCGAGGAGGCGGCCUUCUCCAUCAUUCAUGGGGACGACUACCAGUCUCUAGACCUAGUUGCCUUGUCGGCAGAUGUUGCCAACAUCUGGGUGACAGGUCUGCGUUACCUGCUGGCCCACCCCUCAAUAAUUGGAGGGGCUGGAGUAGGGAGCCUGGAAGGAGGCCCCGGUGACGGGGGUAUCGCGGCAGUGGAAGGGAGCUUGGGAAGCAAGAUGAGGAGCGACUGGCUGAAGACGGAGUUUGCAGAGGUGGAUGAAGACGGCUACGGCAUCGUGUCGGAGGACGUGGCGGUCGCCACCAUCUGCAAACUGUGUCCAGGCAUCAGGGAGGCAAAGGUUCGUCUGCGCUUUAAGGAGAUCCAGCGCAGCAAGGAGAAGCUGACCUCGCAUGUUACUCUGGAGGAGUUCCAGGAGGCCUUCUGUGAACUUUGCACCCGUCCUGAUGUCUACUUCCUGCUGGUGCAGCUGUCCCAGGACCGCGAGUGCUUGGACCCACAGGACCUGCGGCUCUUCUUGGAGACAGAGCAGGGUUUGUCUUUGGCCACGACCGAGGGCUGCUGGGACCUCCUCAAGCGCUACGAGCCCUCCGCCCAGGGCAGGGAGCGGGGGCUGCUGGGGGUUGACGGGUUUGCACGCUACCUGCAGUCACCGGAGUGCCAGCUACUGGACCCGGAGCAGCUAGCCGUUUGCCAGGACAUGAACCUGCCUCUGUGCCAUUACUACAUCAGCACCUCCUACCGUUCCUACCUGCUGGACGACCAGGUCCACGGCCGAGCAGACUUAGGGGGUCUGAUCAGAGCCCUGCAGUCCGGCUGCCGAUGCCUGGAGCUGGGAGUGACCGACGGCCCUGAGGGAGAACCUCUGCUGGGGGUGAACUACGGGCCUGACAUUUCCCGACACCACCCCCACCAUGCCCCCGUCACCAUCCGCUCCGCACUGGAGGUGGUCAACAAAUACGCCUUCCUGACCUCUCAGUACCCGCUGCUGCUGUAUCUGUGCCAGCGCUGCUCCCCAUCCCAGCAGUGCACCAUGGCGCACCACCUGAAGAAAGUCUUCGGUUCUCGUCUCUACACUCCAGAGGGCCUGUCAGUGGGCCUGGGGGGUCGGGCCAUAACUUUGCCGUCUCCUGAGCAGCUGAAGGGACGGAUCCUGUUGGUGGCAAAGAAGCUCCCUCCAGAGCACGAGGGCUCGGACGGGGAGGUGUCUGAGGAGGAGGAGGAGAUAGGAGGAGGGGGACCCCUAGCAGGAAGAAGAAUGACUAUACCUGGUGAGGAGGAGCUGGGCGUGGUCUUGGUAGUCCCUCCCCCUUCUCAGCCGAGAAAGCUCCGUCUCCACAAAGAGCUUUCAGACCUGGUGGCGGUGGCUCGGACCGGCAGCCGCAGCUUCUACACUCAAAGAGCCGGAUACAAGAAGGCCCAGCAACAGUCCCCCCCCAGCAGCCCCGUGUCUCCUGGCUCUCCGCUCCCCCCAGAGCUGCCUUACUGGACCAUGUGCUCCCUGGGGGAAGGAGAGGCGGGGCGGCUAACAAGCGAGAGCCCAGAGGAGCUCGUUAUGUUCACCAAGCGUACCCUGACCCGGGUGCGGCCCAGCUCAGUGCGUCUGGACUCCAGCAACCCUAACCCCCAGGGAUAUUGGAAAGGGGGGGUCCAGCUCGUGGCCUUGAACCAGCAGACACCCGGCGCCAUGCUGGACCUUCACCGAGGUCGCUUCUCUCAGAACGGGGGCUGUGGUUACGUUCUCCGCCCGGCCGUCAUGAGGGACGAGGUGUCGUACUUCAGUGCCCACACGCACGGCUGCGUGCCGGGGGUCCCACCGCAAACCCUGCGCAUCAAGGUGAUCAGUGCCCACAAUCUUCCCAAGCCUCAGGGAUCGGGGGCCAAAGGGGAGGUCAUCGACCCGUAUGUGGUUCUGGAGCUGCACGGAGUUCCAGCCGACUGCGCCGAACAGCGGACACGCACGGCUGCACAGAACCAGGACGACCCCAUGUUCGAUGAGACCUUUGAGUUUCAAGUCAACAUGCCGGAGCUGGCCUUGCUGCGCUUUGUGGUUCUGGACGAUGACUAUAUUGGAGAUGACUUCAUCGGUCAGUUCAGCGUGGCCUUCGAAUGCCUUCAGCCCGGGUAUCGGAACGUGCCCCUUCUUGGUCUAGCGGGAGAUCCUUUACCCCACUCUAGCUUGUUUGUCCACAUCGUCAUCACCAACCGUCGUGGCGGCGGGAAAGCUCAGCGGAAGGGGCUGUCAGUGAGGAGGGGCGGGCGCCGAGGGAGGGAGUACGUCUCACUGAGGCAUACAGGCAUCAAGGUGGUGGAUGAGGUCUUCAAACAGGCCAACGGGCCCCUGAAGGAAGGGACAGACCUACGGGAAAAUGCCCAGAGCUCCACCGCCACUUUCAAAGAGCAGUGUGGGCUCCCCGCCGUGGCCAAACUGAAGCAGUGCAUCCAGAGCCUGGCCACCCGGCUGCAGAGCCCAGAGGGCAACAUGGGGGCCACAAUGGUGCUCAGGGAGGGCUACCCCUGCUUGGAGCCACUGAUCAGCCUCCCAGAGGCCACCCGGAAAGUGCUGGCUGCCUACGACACGAUGAUCGCUGCACAAAAACAGCUGAUUGGAAAUGCAGAUGGUGUCCAGGAGAGGAUCGAUCAGGUCUACAGAGAAGGAAUGGACUUACAUGAGGACUUUCCUCGGCUUGGGGAGAAGGAAGGACUUAAGGGCCGCAAGCUGAGUAAAGCUGUGGAGAGUUUUACCUGGAAUAUCACCGUGCUGAAGGGCCAGAGCGACCUCCUGCGCGGCGCCAAGGUGGACUCCCUGGAUGCCCUGCGGCAGCUGGCUCUGGCCUGUGAAGCCUGCAGCCUCACAUCCUCCAGCUCUGCCUCGUUUUCAACGGCCGAGCUGCACUACACGGCCCACCCCACGUCCAGCCGGCGCAGCAGCAACGGACGCAUCUGACGGAGCACAGAAGCCCCUCCUCCUCGGAAGCAGAGGAUGCGAUGAAGAGCAGAGCCUAACUGUCUGUGAGGAGGGGGUUCCUCCUGAUGGUUUGGUUCUGUGCAGCCAUGCAGGAUGUCAGACGUCUGCGCAGACCUCUGCAGUUCUGCUUAACCUGACCUGUUUGUGAAAAAGACAGCGCUACUUUAACCAAACUCCGCCCCCCGCCCUCCUCUGGGGAUCAAACACCCCGCUAACCCGUCCAGUGCAGGUUUGGGAAGUUUCAGUCCCAGCUGACGCUGCAGGGAGGAGCGGUUCCUGCUCAUGGUUCAGAGGUCUGAUCAACAAAUAUUCAGAACCAGAAAACCAGAAACAAGACUUACGUAGAAAGAGAGAGUUUCCAUUUUUAGCUUUAGUGAUAUUUCAAAAAUAACCAACAACCAUGGGAAGGAACGUCUUUGAAUCCCAAACAGCAGAAACAUAAAAAGUAUACAAACGUUUCUCAAUAAAAUAACUAAAACAUGACAUAAAUUAUGGAAAGGAAACUUUUUUAACCUUGAAACGUAAACUCAGAGUAGAAAUCGACCCAGUUGUUUGUCCUCAGCCGUCCUGAUUCUUUAAUCUGCAAAAGCUCUAAUUAUGACCAAGUAUGUCUGUGUACUAACAGUCAGAGUAACUCUACAUGGAUAGAAUGUGUCAGUGCCAGAGGGCGACAGUCUGUAGAUGAAUCCGUGCAGAGCCAUGGCGCCGUGGUGCUUCCUGCUUCAGAACGUUGUGAUGUGGACACACUGGUGUGUACUCGUGUGGUGACAUUGCAGUGUUUGUGUCAUUCCUCAGCUGCUUUGUAUAAUUCUGUAAAACCUCAAGAGUAGAAGCUUAUUUAUUAAAGUGUGUUUUAAAAUCUAGAAUUCAUUAAAUGCACUUUAUUUUGAAAAAUGUUUUCUAUUUGAUUAAACAUAACAAGAAAGUGUAUUCUGGAUUAAAUAAAGUAACUUUUGCUGAGCA